UGUUGUCAAAAGCUAGUACGAUCCUCAUGCGCGACAAUGUUCUAAUUUGCAUCGAUUUAGCAAGCUGCUCUGAAAUGAGCUCCAUGAAAAGUAAGUUUGGGUGGGCUGAGGAUCGUAAGCAGGGACAUGAUGGCAACGGCCGCAAGUACGAACGAAGCAUUAAGCUGCAAUGGAAAUGCGAACGAAAUCGAACCGAUGGGUUGGCAUCCGAUCCGAACCGAAUUGAAGCGAGUCCAUCAAUGAAGUUUUGCUUGCAGUGCCACGCGGCACAACUCAAACCAUCAAACCCGACACGGGCUGGAGACUGUUCCGGUCGCUACCGCUGUGUAAGCGGAACAGAAACUUUCCCAGCGGAUGAAUCUACAGGAAGGAUUUAAUUUUUGGCCAAAACAAAACGAUGUUCUCUAUCCACGCCUGCUGCAAUUUCAUAAUUAUAGUCCGGUUAUUAUUUGGUUUCAUUCUACGGACGGGGGUUUCCCCUCUUCUCAGUCCCGCUUGUUUUUUAUACUCGCUUAUUGGGUGGGUUGGCUGGUGACACGAAGUACAGGGGGAAUUUGUUCGCAAACAAACAUCCAUAAAAAUAUUAAUUUCAUUGCAAUGUUUACUAUCUGCCAGCGGGAACGGCACUCGAGUAAACAUGAAGUCGGAGAAAUGCUCGAGUUUGGUGUAAAUAAUAUUCGUCAAACAAGUUUUACCUCGUUUGUUUUUUUUUUCGUAUGUGUGUGUGUGUUUUUUUUUUUUUGCUUGUGGAGAACAUAAAAUGAUACACGCUUUCCACAGAAGCUCCCCUACAGUACGAAUCUCAUUCCCAAAAUGCAUCCCUAUUGCUGCACCAGCGUAUCUCCUGACUGGUAAAUCCAAUGUAAAACCGUAUGUUUUUGUGUAUUCCAUGCAUUUAUAGAAACCCGAGCCAAGCCGUGAAUCGUGCCGUGAACCAAAAUUUGAUACCUUACCAAAAAUUAAUUCCAGGUAAAUGUGAAUACCUAUCCAGCGCUCCAAAGCUUAAUUUUCCCUCGGUGCACUAUAGCCCUUCAUGAUUGGCACGUGAGCUCGUGUUCGCUAAAAUGGUGGAAAAUUGUUGCUACAAAUGGAAAACACUUUGCAAUCGUUAAUGAAAUUGUAAAACCAACGUUAAAAUCGGUGCGUUUCGGCGUGCCUUUCAUCCUGCAAGCCCUCGUGGGACUCUCGUCCUCAAGCGAACAAAAGUACUAUCGGCGCAGCGUACCGUGGCCGUGUGCUGGCAUGCUGUACGAAACAUACAAAUACAUACAUAAAUCAAGCAUUUACUGCCUUCCCAUUUGUUACCCCUCAAGCCAUUUCGGCCAUAGUAUCCAGGGCUGGAACAACAACAAUGUCCCAUAAUGCUUCCAGAGGCAGCAUAUAGGCCUGACGGACGGACGGAUAUCCGAA